UCAGACUUCCCGCGAUCCCGCAAACAGCGGUACAAAUAAACACACGCCUAGUCUCUAACACAAACAAACAGGGUCACAUUAUCACGUGCCAAGGCGUACACAGCCUUGAACUUGUCCCCUCUUUACGUCUGAUCAACCUGUUCAAUUUUUUUAACCGGCUAGUUAUCGCUGAUAAGAUUUGUUAUGAAUUGAUUUCAAGUGCCAACAUUUGGAUUGUAUCGUCUGCUGAUUUUUAGAUUGAUCUAAAUCUAGCAGACGAUGAGAUAGCAACAAGCUUUUGAAACAAAACUUUGACAUUACUUUUUAAAGUCUUAGAUUCCGGUAGCCGGUACAAAACUUUAUUUUUUAACCGCAAGAGACGGUGAAGUUUACCGUUAGAUGUGCUAGAAUCUGCUGGAUUAUUGAUCCCGGCGUGUAGUGACUAGUGUGUUGUUGAUUCGUUGGACUUAACACAGAGAGGCAAUUAGUGUGCUGGAGUUGUUUUUUUUUUUUUCUUUCAGUGUUGGGAUUAUAAACACAGGUCGACAGAUACUUUGGGAUCUCAUUGAAACGUGAGGCAGGGGACUGCAAUGAGGAGAUAAAAGUCUUAGUUUCUACAAUGACCGACGCUGGCGAGCCCUUGGCUGCCGUCACUACCUAAGGGGGGGAUAACUAGCUGUGACUGCGUAGAAAACACCCUACUCUUUGUGGUGAAGAUGAGAUUAGUUCCACACGGAGGGAUCUUACUCCUGGCUGUGCUCUUAUGGCAACUAGCUGCUACACAAGACUGGAAUAAUGACUGGAAGCCUGACUGUACUGGCGAUUACUGUGAUCCAGAGCCAGCUGAAUCAACGACACCCACUACAACCAAAAGAACCAAACCUCUUAAAACAACCAGACCUCCAAAAACAACCAAACCUCCCAAAGUGACCAAGACAACAACAACAACACAGAAACCAGUCAGUCAUAAACUCAACUGCACAGCGGCAGAUUUAAAGAAGGCAGCAUGUCGGAAUGGGGGGACUUGUUAUGCGGUGAAGUUUGGCUCCUCCAGACUUGCAAGCUGUCACUGUCCUGCUAAGUACACAGGCAAAAAAUGCGAGAUGAUAGAUUCAGAUGUAAUGUUUGCUGGAUGGGAAAUUGUUGUUGGAGUCAGUGUCGCUGCUAUAGUUUUGUUAAUUGUAGGAAUUGUUUUAUAUGUCUAUCUCAAGAGAUCUAAAAGAAAAUGUCCCUGUUUGAACAGGGAAGAGGAAUCAGAAACAAAUGGGAAGCCAGAAGGUCAACCUUUAAAAGAAAACAAAUCACAUAUCCAUAAUGUUGGAGAAAACAAAAAUUCAAAACCUGAGACAAGUGCAUUGUUGUGAGACGUAAUUAGUCAAGUAUGCUUAUAAUGGUCAAGUUGGCACAACAUAAGAGAACUUCUGCCAGCAUCUACAUACUGCAAGUUAUAUAUAAAAGGCUUGUCAUCUAGUCCAAAGAUUAGUGAGGACUGCAGCAUUUCAUAUGGCUUCUUAGCUCAGAUGCAACCUACAUAUUUUGCCUCACCCAACAUAGAUAUAACCGUUGUCCACCAGUGGUUGAUUUAGACUCUCUUUUCCCCAUCUAAAUCUGUCCUCGGCAGUGGAUUUCUUUUGUGAGCUGUAUAAAUUACUCAAUCAAAUGUAGAAUCCCAUAAUUUCAAUGAAAUAUUUGUUUUUUAUUUCAAAAACUAAAUUAGGCAUUUGUUUAUCAGGAGAAUUACUUUGGAAGCAUUAAUAGAUAUAUACAUUUAUGACAUCAAAAUAUAUUACAUAAAAUUUAAAUAUAUAAAUAUAUAUUACUAUAUAUAUCAAGGUAAAAAAUAAGAAGAAAACCUAAGAUCUAUAUAGACCACUCUGUGUCCCAGUUUAGGUUGCCCUAGGAGAGAGAGCAUAAUUCGCCUGUCUAAUGGAAAUGAGCUAUGUUGCCUAAUUAGAAUAAAAUUUCAAAAUCAAAUUAGUAAUUGGGAAGCGCUUGAACUUGGCUUGGCUUGGCUACCUAGAAGGGGGCUCGAGGCUCGACACCCAACUCGGGCAGAGUUGUGUUUACUGAGCGCCUAAAGGCAGCGUGGAAAACCAACUCCUAGAUAUCCCCCCCCCCCCCCCCAACCACGGUCCACAGAUGAGAUUGGACCAAAAGCGCUCUGAGCGUGCUAUAAGCAUGAAAGUAGUGCUAUAUAAAAGGUAUAAUAAUAAUAAUUUCAGUGGGCUAGUAAGUUCAGUGCAUGUCUGUGAGCAUGUAAAUGCAGUGAAUGUCUGUGGAAAGGUUGACUAUUAAUUAAAAUGAAUUUAUUAAAGGAUUAUUGAAAAUAGUUGAAGAUUUUGAUACAGUGUGAUCUGAAUGAGUUUCUUUUUGAGCAAAGACAAAUUUUUACACACAUGUAAAAUUCUGUAACCUAUACAGCACCAAAAAUGGCUUUUUUUAUUGAUAUUAUUUUUGUUAUGUUUGUUUUUAGAAGAACCAUUGUUUGUUUUUUUUCUUUUCGUUUUGUUUUUUUUAAAGAAAGUGAGAACAUGUUCAAUAAUGGCAAAAUAUAAGAGGAAGGGGGGGGGGGAGAAACUAACUUGACAACAAUUUGUUACAAAUAGGAAAUAGUUUAUAGCCUUUGAUUUAUUUGGCUGUAAUGUUGAUUUACAUAAUUGGUUUACACAAUUUAUAAAAAUCCAAUUGAUACUACUAAGUGAAGAAGUCCUGGCUGGGAAUAUGUUUUGUGUUAACAUAGAGCUUAUUUAAUUGAAUACAAGUGUUAAAGGAGUGUCAUCUCAGGGGGGCAGAUGAUUUAUAUGUUUCUAAGUAAAGUUCCCCUUUCAGUCCUUGUGGUCAAUAGGGCAGAUGAUGUAAAGGUCAUCUGUUUCAGUGGCCUACGGUUAACGAGGGUGUCAUGUGGCCAGCACAACGAUCAUCCGCCUUUACUUUUCCCCAACUAAUGUCAGGUACCCAUUAGAGCUGGGUGGACUCAGAGGCGCCCAAAGAUCCCGAAAUUAAUAUUCCCAGUCUUGACCAGGAUUCGAACCCGGGACCCCCGGUUCAGAAACCAAACGCUUUACCGCUCAGCCACAGCGCCAUCUUCUGUUUCUAAGACUGAUAGUUAACUAACUACUUUUACUUCCCCAAUGCAUGUUGGUUACCCAUCAGUGAUGUAGCGUGAUACCCAUGGGCCCGGGUUUGACAAUGCACCCUCCCUUCACAAGUGACUAGAAGGUUAGGACAAAAAAAAUCAAGGCAUUCUGCAUGAAUCAGUGCAUUUACAUAGAGAUUCCAAUGUAUGUAACACAGUAAUAAAAGUCUCGAGACACUCAAGUCAGAAUUUCUUAAAAUCAAUUCUGUCAUGGCACGCUUAAAGUAAUAAACAUUAUCUUUUAGGCCCCCAAUAGUCAUGGACUUGGGCUAAAUGAACCUCUUUGUGCCAUGGUUGCUACACAACUGUUACCCAUUACAGUUAGGUGGACUUAAGGGAAUACUAAAGCUCUAAUUCCCUAUCAUCAUCAGGGUUCAAACUCACGACCCCCUCAGUAUGGAAUCCAAGCAUUUACCUCUCAGAAUAUUUCAGUUUCAUGUACAUAAUGAUGUGAUUGUGUUCUGUCUGUGAACCACUCUCGUCAUGAUAUUAUUUGAGUGUUCACUUUCAAUCAUUACAAGCAUUUUUUUAAACUUAACAUUUAUCUUGUAACCCCACAAUGGCUUAUAUCUACUGCAGUAGCUCAUUUUUUACUGCAGUGGCUCAUAUCUAUUGCAGUGGUUCAUAUCUACUGCAGUGGCUUAUAUCUACUGUAGUGGCUCAUAUCUACUGCAGUGGCUCAUAUCUACUGCAGUGGCUCCUAUCUACUGCAGUGGCUCAUAUCUACUGCAGUGGCUCAUAUCUAUUGCAGUGGCUUAUAUCUACUGUAGUGGCUCAUAUCUACUGCAGUGGCUCAUAUCUACUGCAGUGGCUCCUAUCUACUUUGCUUCACUAAUGAAGUUUUUCAUCAUUUUUAAGCUUGACUUCCUUCCCUGUCCCACUUUUCACAACCCAUGACUUGAAAUCUUGCAUUGUCAUUUUACAUGUUAUAUUAUUAUCUGUUCUUGGUGGGGCCUAGGAGCGCUUUAUUGUUUUAUUUAUAGCGCUUUAUUGUUUUAUUUAUAGCAAAAAUUAUAUUGAGAUUGUUGUCAAUAAAAUUUUAUAAAUAUCAUAUUUUUUAAGUUGCAUUAUAUUGUAUUGAAAUUUUUAUUGAUGCUUUUAUUGUCAUUUAACAAUUAUAUAAUUUGUUGUAGGUGUAUUGAUUGUUUUAUUGAUUGAAACAGUUGUAUUGAGAGUAUUUUGUCAGAUUAUAUAGAUUAUUUAUAGAUUAUAUAGGCCUACAUUUCAUAGUUGAAAGCUGUAUCUUGUGUCUCAAAGAGUAGAGUAGCCACAGAUUUCUGAAUCUCUGAAGGAAGAGAAUAUUGAAGUGGCACAGGCUGCAGUAACUCUGAUAUGGAUCUUUGACUGUAUCUAGGGAGAGAUCUGAAUGAAAAGAUGUGUUGGCCUAGGAACUUUAUAAGCUGUAGCAACUCCGAGGUGGGUGGAUUGCGGAUAAGGAAAGCUGUAAAAUAACUGGCCAAUACAUUAUGAAGGGGAAAAAAUGAUUGCCAGAUUGGAAAGUAUUAAAACAAUAGCAAAGUUUUUCAAAUACUCCUAGCCUUACUAGUUUGCGUUAUACUUGUCUGCUUGUAGAGAUCUCAACACUUCUUCUAUUGAAUAUGUAGCUUUCAAAGAAUUCUAUUCACUAGAAAAUAGAGUUUUAUUGUAUGUUAUACCCUUUUAAUGCGUAAACAAUGUUUUAAAAGAUUCAUUUAUGUGUAAUACUGCAAUAGAAAAAAGAUUUAUCACAUUUUAACACUCUGUUAGUUGUUUUUAUUUUUUAGGAUUUUGUCACUAUCACUAAGUGAUCACAUCGAGCAUAACACUUUAAUUAAAAAAAAAACUUUGUUGAAAAUGCAGGAAUUUUAUUUUUUUUAUUACUGAAUGUUGGUUACAUUUUGUAUCUCAGACGGUAACUCUUUUAGCACAGAGAUACAUUUGUUUGAGUUUAAAAUUACUUUUGAAUGCAGCGAACAUUGUAUGCACGAAGAGCAGCCAUGUCGAGUGGUUUGUACUUUGAACUGUCUUCUUUAUGGUUGAGGGCUCAAAAUCUGUUCGCUGCCAUCCCCCGCCAUUCUGCGGGUGGUUUAGGUUACAAUGUUAAAAGAUGAAGGGACAUUCAAAGCAUGUAAAACAAAAGAACAGCAAAUACUAUUUAAUUAAGAAUGAUAGGCCUACUUAUCUCAUUAAAAUGUGAAUAGGUGUUUGAAAUGUUUAUAUGCAUAGAAUAUUUGUCAAUAAACUUUAUAUUAAAAUGAAUUGAUGCAAAUGUUUACUGUGAGAUCUUGUAAUGUUUUUUUUUUAUUAUGCUUGACAUGGUCAGUGUACUGAGAUUACUAGAUUUAGAAAUAGAACGUAAGAUUCUUCUUCUUUCCACAGGCUUUUAUGUUACUUGAUUGUAGGCUAUUUUUGCAGUCUGUGCCAUAAAAACAAAAAUAGCGGGCACAUCUUUUUAGCUGCUCAGAACUGAAGAAAACAGCCCACUUUUUUUUCCUUGGCACAGUCUGCAAAAGAGCUCACAGCUCAGCAGCAAUAAAGCUGGCUAGAAGAAGAAGAAGAAGCUGCUCAGUAACACCUUACAGUAUGUUAGAACGCUAGAUAAAAGUCAUACUUAUUGGACAGCGGCUUCGCAGGUACUGCAGGGUGUAGCACUGUGUGCUGCUGGCAGACGCAGGGUCGCCGGCUCUUGGUUUUUCUCAGGGUUGAUUCCCGAAGCCGCUGAUCCCAAACUGCACUGACUUUUGCCAUUCCUUUGGAUAGAUCAGCUGCGUGUAGAAGGGGGAACUGUGGCGUGGGCAAGUUCCGACCAAUUCCCAGGGAUUUAUGGGAUGAUCCAAAGUAGUUUCCUGACUGAAGGAGGUCAUUGUGGUCAUGCUAAACUUAUGGGUCUAAAUAAUGAAUUAAUUUCAUUACAAAAUAUCUCCGUAUAUUAAUUGUUGUACUUGAAGCUAUUUAAAAGAAGGGGAUUGUGAAGAAGGAUAACUUUUUUUUUGUUUUUACAACAAUGUACAAUUACCUGGCUAUCAUCCUUGGUAAAUUACUCAAAUGCCUAGCAAUAAAAAAAACAACCCAAAAACUUG